AGCAAAGAACAUUAGAUUGAGAGUUAAUAGUCAAUGUUGUACAGAGAGAUAAAUUGGUUUAACACAGCCUACAGUAAUAAGUUAAAAAGAAACCCGUAUGUUGAUAUCAGUGAUCCUUCACAAGAAAACUAUAUUGUUCAAAAUUGUAAUUUCCGAGGAUCAGUGAAUGCCUCGCUGUUCCUCCCCUACUGGGAAGACAGGAUAAAUCCACUUCUACAUUCCGACACACACAUAUUCUCCUGUUUUUAAAACUAUCUGCCACAGGAAGAGUUGAGUUUAAAAGAAAAGGAGUCGCAAAUUAAGCUGGACAUUCACUGGCAGCUUAUUAUCUUUUUAAAUAACUCCCAGCGGUGUAGUUAGCAGGCUAAGCUAACAAACAGGAGGAGGUACAGCUAACGAUAGUUGUCCGAAACUCUGCUCCGGUAAGAGGCACCGGCCCGGGCUGUGUACUACCGUUUCGGGUCCACAUUAGCAGCUGAAGACCCACCACUGACUGAUACAACAAUGUGAGCAGCUCUCAUGCCAAGACUGGUCGUUUCAUACGAAGCCUGGUUGAGACAGCUUCUUAGCUGGUCUGGAUGACCUCACUUUUUUCCUGCAGACCUACAGCUGAUUUGGCUGAAUAGGUGUAUGUUGGUCUGGGUCACAGCUCCAUAACUCCUCAGAGCAGCUCAUCUCCUCCGCUCCCUCUGCUCUACCUGUGGGACUACAAUGCCUCUGGGCUUGGGAAGAAGGAAGAAAGCAUCCCCCUUAGUUGAGAACGAGGAGGCGGAGCCCAUACGGGCAGGUCUCAAUGUGCCAGGUAUGGAUGGGCUUGACGGAGGUGGUGUCGGCCUAGGAGAAGGCGCCACCUCAGAGGGUCUGCCUCCUCCACCCAGCAGCAUGCGACCCCGCCUUAUCUUUCAUACGCAGCUUGCACACGGCAGCCCAACUGGACGGAUUGAGGGCUUCAGCAAUGUGCGGGAGCUCUACGCCAAGAUUGGAGAGGCCUUCGGGAUCCCUCCAUCUGAGGUCAUGUUUUGUACACUGAACACUCACAAAGUGGACAUGGAUAAACUUUUGGGAGGUCAAAUUGGACUUGAGGACUUUAUUUUUGCCCACAUCAAGGGCCAAAAAAAGGAAAUUGAGGUGUUUAAAGGAGAGGACGCUCUGGGAUUGACCAUCACCGAUAAUGGAGCCGGCUACGCCUUCAUUAAGAGAAUUCGUGAAGGAAGUGUGAUUCACCAGAUCCAGGUCAUCAACGUUGGCGACAUGAUCGAGUCGAUCAACGGGCAUCGACUGAUCGGCUGUCGACACUACGAGGUCGCCAAGAUGUUGAAGGAGCUGCCCAAAGGGAAACUCUUUACUAUCAAGCUGGUGGAGCCUCUGAAGGCCUUUGAUAUGAUUGGCCAGCGGUCUGGAGGAUCCAGGUCAGCGUCAGGGGUCCAGCUGGGAACAGGAAGAGGAACUCUUCGGCUGCGAUCCAAAGGUCCUGCUACUGUGGAGGAGCUGCCUUCUGCUUUUGAGGAGAAGGCCAUUGAGAAGGUGGACGACCUGCUGGAGAGCUACAUGGGCAUCAGAGACAGCGAGCUUGCGGCCACUAUGGUUGAACUGGGAAAGGACAAAAAGAACCCUGAUGAGUUUGCCGAGGCGUUAGAUGAAACACUGGGAGACUUUGCUUUUCCUGAUGAGUUUGUUUUUGACGUCUGGGGUGCCAUCGGGGAUGCUAAGGUCGGAAGAGUCUAACCACAGUCACUAAUGGAGUGGAACGACCUCAGUGUGUGGGAAGCCCACAACGCUCAUCACUACUAGGAAAUGCAACACUACCGUCACAACUUUCGUUUUUUUGUUUUUUAUUCCGGCAUUUAUUUGUUCCAUUUUUUAAUUUAGACGUUUUCCUUUUGAGACAGUCGGUCUGAUCAGACAGGAUAUUGCGGGUUAAUGGGAGACAAAAGUGAUUAUGGAGAUUUCUCAAGUGGUUUUUAAUGUCUUCCAGCUUUUUCUUCAACAGAACAACAUAAGCACGUCCAUGAGAAUUCCCUUUUUGCACUGUUCUGCAUGUCUUUGUUGUCGUCCAUGGUUGUGGAACAGCUUUAGUCACCUGAUGGUGUGAAAAGUGAACGUCAGGUGGCAAAAGUUAAAUUUUCCCAAAAUACUUGACCAGGUGGGGGGGGCAGUCAUCACAGUACAAGACAGGGCUCUCUGACAUACAGUACAGGGUCAUUGAUUUUACAUGUAUGUGCUGGAGUUUUAUUUUGAUCAUUGUUGAAUCUGCUGACUUUUUAUCUGGUCCAAGAAAUAAGGUGUGUGUUUUCGGAACAGUGAUAUGUAUCCAUGAUGUUCUGAGUGUGUGAGAGUGUGUGUCUGUGUUCAGUGUGAAAACAACAGCAGCAUUACAUUCCUGUUUUGGGGUCUGGGUCAUGCUCUCUUGUGGUUCUGUGUCCACAGUUGCUCAAGUCAUGGUCUGCAUCAUGUCUGAUGAUGAGCUUAACAAAAGCACAUUAUCAGAAAUCUUCACCUUAUCUGUCUUUUUUUUUGACCAAUAAUAGAGGGACCAGCUCCAGACGGUGCAUGUGAAGAGAGAGUGACGAACAUGUUAUUCUGACCCACUCUGUGGACGAUCAGACAGCAGAAGCAUGAGCCCAAUAUUAGUCUGCUACAGUUACCAGUGUUACGGAGAAUCAGUAUUACUUUACCUCUGACUGGAGAUCACUACAUGGAAGUGAGAGGUCAGAGUGGUUCCCAGGUUUGCAGGUGGCGUUGACUUGUUUUUAUAAGAAGUGACGUGAUGUUGUUUCAUUCUUCUUCAGUCUUUGUCAGUGUUUUAAAGCAUUACAGAAAACAGUAUUAUAGGAUGGGGAGGGGCAAGAUGUGUAAUGAAGGAUAUGAUUCUGUGAAGUAAAGAUUUUUUUUUGUUGCUGUCUACAUUUGGUGCAUGGUGCUGAAAAAGACAAACUAGUAGCCAUUGGAUCAGGUGGAAACUACUUCCAUCGUUUGUUGCUUUCACUUGUGUUCACAACAGGACAAAGACAGUGUUGCGUCUACAACAACACAGCAGAGGACAGUGAACACAAAAGCGUUUGUCUUAUUCUUUUAGGUCUGUCUGAGUUUAUGAAGCUUUGUUUUUUUAGUUUUGUUUCACUCUUUAGUUCAUGAGUAUCUAAAUAUGGUUAUGUAAAAAAGUGAUGCUAAAACUCUGUAACACUAAGAAGACAAUUAUUUGCAUUAACACUGUUGUCAUCGUCUAAUUGUAUUGCAAUAAUAACACAGCCGGCAGUGUU